CACACUUCUCUCCUCUCCAGACGUUGUAAUCGUUGUAAUCGUCCAUCCCGGCCAUCCAGGUCUCCAGGCCUGUGCAGGAGCCACACCAUGAACACAUCCCCAGGCACAGUGGGCAGCGACCCGGUCAUCUUGGCCACCGCGGGCUAUGACCACACGGUGCGGUUCUGGCAGGCCCACAGCGGGAUCUGCACACGCACCGUGCAACACCAGGACUCACAGGUGAACGCACUGGAGGUCACACCGGACCGCGGCAUGAUCGCUGCUGCAGGUUACCAGCACAUCCGCAUGUAUGACCUCAACUCCAACAACCCCAACCCCAUCAUCAGCUAUGACGGCGUCAACAAGAACAUCGCCUCGGUGGGCUUCCAUGAGGACGGCCGCUGGAUGUACACCGGCGGGGAGGACUGCACGGCCAGGAUCUGGGACCUCAGGUCCCGGAACCUGCAGUGUCAGCGGAUCUUCCAGGUCAAUGCACCCAUUAACUGCGUGUGCCUGCACCCCAACCAGGCGGAGCUUAUCGUGGGCGACCAGAGUGGUGCUAUCCAUAUCUGGGACUUGAAGACAGACCACAAUGAGCAGCUGAUCCCAGAGCCUGAGUUCUCCAUCACAUCCGCCCACAUCGACCCUGACGCCAGCUACAUGGCAGCGGUCAACAGUGCCGGGAACUGCUAUGUCUGGAACCUGACAGGGGGCAUCGGUGACGAGGUGACUCAGCUCAUCCCCAAGACCAAGAUCCCGGCCCACACGCGCUACGCCCUGCAGUGCCGCUUCAGCCCUGACUCCACGCUCCUGGCCACCUGCUCGGCUGACCAGACCUGCAAGAUCUGGAGGACAUCCAACUUCUCUCUGAUGACGGAGCUGAGCAUCAAGAGCGGCAACCCCGGGGAGUCGUCUCGUGGCUGGAUGUGGGGCUGCGCCUUCUCCGGGGACUCCCAGUACAUCGUCACUGCUUCCUCCGACAACCUGGCCCGGCUCUGGUGUGUGGAGACCGGAGAGAUCAAGCGCGAGUACGGCGGCCACCAGAAGGCUGUCGUCUGCCUGGCCUUCAAUGACAGUGUGCUGGGCUAGCCUGUGCCCCUGGGAUGGGGAUGGAACGCAGGGUGAGACUCCACGGGCCUGACCCGGCUCCCCAGGCCUCGCAGCUGGCUGCUCAUCUGGAUCUGAAGAGGCUCAGCGAGCCCCACCAGGUGCCUGGGACUGGACUGGGACAGCCAGGCUUCUGGCAGACACUCUGGAUCCGUGGCUGGCAGCUGCUAAGGAAGACCCCGGGCUGGUGCCCAGCCCCACGCGAAUGCACCCCACCCCUUCUGGCCCAGUUCCAGGUCUUGAGGCCACAGAGAACAACGCCAUGGCCAGGAGGAAGGUUUAUUAUCUCCUGCCAGCAGCGGCCCUCCCCAGAGCUGGGGACCUAGCCAGCCCGCUGACCUGUGGGGCAGGGCUGGCCUGUAGGCAGGCCAGGCCAGCUGGGUGCUCAGUCUGGGAGGUAAUAAAAGCAGAUGGACACGCA